AUGGAGCUUUUCAACUCAGCUCUAGGAAAGAACAUCACUUUUGUACGUCCUGCAUAUUUCAUAAUAACUGGAUUUAUUGGCAUACCUAAUAUAAAGUAUUACUAUGUGUUUCUCUGUUUUGUUUAUAUAAUUGCAGUGCUGGGAAACACAAUUGUGAUGGCUGUAAUAGUCUUGGAUCGUAAUCUAAAGACUCCAAAAUAUGUUGCAGUUUUUAACCUGGCGUUUGUGGACUUGUUUGGUAGCUCUGCCUUGGUCCCGAAGGUUCUUGACAUCUUUCUGUUUAACCACUACCACGUUCCCUACUACGACUGCUUGGUAAUGCUUUUUUUCUGCUACACCUGCCUUUCAAUGCAGUCUCUUAAUCUGGUUAUACUUUGCUAUGACAGACUAAUGGCUAUCACUUACCCACUACACUAUCAAAUGAGGAUAACCAACAGGUUCAUGUUAAAUUUAAUUGCCUUUGCCUGGGUCUUUGCCAUUAUUGCUGUAUUAAUUACUGUUGGUCUUCUUACAAGGCUUUCCUUCUGUAGGUCUGUGGUUGUUAAAAGCUAUUUCUGUGACCAUGGUCAGAUAUACAGACUUGCCUGCAAUGACAAAACUCCCAACAUGGUCAUAGGAGGUUUGUUUCCAUUUCUUCUUGUUUGGCUGCCACUGGCAUUUAUUGUGUUUAGUUAUUCAUUUAUUGGAUAUGCACUGUCUAAAAUAGCCACAAAAAAUGAACGAGUGAAAGCCUUUAAAACCUGCACAGCUCAUCUUUCAUUAGUGGCACUCUAUUUCCUGCCAAUACUAGUCACAUUUACUAUGAGUUCAAGAAUAAAUUUAAAUGCCAGGAUCAUAAAUCUGUCAAUGGCCUCUGUCUUUCCUCCUAUGUUGAACCCAAUUGUUUAUGUUCUGCAAACGCAAGAAAUCAAAGAAUCGAUAAAAAACAUAUUAAAAAUCAGAGGUCAAUUCAAAAUGACAGUCAUUGCCUCAAAGUGUAGUCACAAGUUUUUGGAGGUGCACAUCAGGCGACGGCGCAGGGCAGCAGUGCUGGGAAACACAAUUGUGAUGGCUGUAAUAGUCUUGGAUCAUAAUCUAAAGACUCCAAAAUAUGUUGCAGUUUUUAACCUGGCGUUUGUGGACUUGUUUGGUAGCUCUGCCUUGGUCCCGAAGGUUCUUGACAUCUUUCUGUUUAACCACUACCACGUUCCCUACUACGACUGCUUGAUAUACAAACUUGCCUGCAAUGACAAAACUCCCAACAUGGUCAUAGAAGCUAUAUCCAUAAUGAGCCCUGAGGAGAAAGCUGCCACUACAUUUAAUGCCACAUUUGUUCGUCCUGCAAAAUUUUACAUCAGUGGAUUUUCUGACAUCCCUCAUGUUCAGUAUUACUAUGUCUUCCUGUGUUUUGUUUAUAUCAUGACUGUUUUUGGGAAUGUUUUUCUCCUCUCAGUUAUCUACCUGGUGGAAACUCUUCAUACUCCUAAAUACAUGAUUGUGUCCAGCCUGGCUGUGACAGAUUUGUGUUGCAGCACUGCUCUUAUUCCCAAACUCUUAGAAACUUUUUUGUUUGAUAAAAGGUACAUUGUCUAUGAGGCUUGCUUAAGUUAUAUGUUCUUUGUUUUAUUCUUUGCAUGUGUGCAAUCUUGGACACUUACCACUAUGGCAUAUGACAGAUUCAUAGCAAUUUGCUUUCCUUUAAGGUACCAUAGUAUUGUGACUAAACCAGCUAUUAUUGCAAUACUGCUGUUUGUGUGGGCUUCUUUAUUUAGUCUCAUGGCAUCUACUGUUGGGCUUAUUGAUCGCCUUUCUUUCUGUAGAUCUUUGGUGAUUAAGAGCUUUUUCUGUGAUCAUGCACCUGUAUAUCGUCUGGCCUGUAAUGACACAUCUUUAAAUAAGAUAAUGGCAUUUGUUGCUUUCAUUAUAGUCCUUUGUAUUCCUAUUAUACUAAUAGCCAUCACAUAUUUUUGCAUUGCCAUAGCACUGAGCAGGAUUGCAUCAGGAGUGGAGAGACUUAGAGCUUUGAAAACGUGUUCUUCUCACCUGAUCCUUGUGGCUAUUUCUUUCCUACCAAUACUUGGCACUAACAUAGCUGUGGUAGCCUCCAAUAUCCAUCCUAACGCAAGGAUCAUAAACUCCUCAUUGACACACACUAUACCUGCUUUGCUCAAUCCUAUUGUGUACUCUUUAAAGACAGAAGAAGUGCUGAACUCUAUAAAGAAGCUUUUCAAAAGAAACAGGCUUAGAUAA